AACUUUCGACAACUGCUGCAGAAGAUAGAGAGAGUGACUACAGUUGAGCACUUCAGCUCGGGAAACCAUCGAGAAAUCAAGAGCAAGAAAAGCUUCUCUUCUGGUGAAUGGAAGGCGUGAAGGUGAAGGUGGAGGAUGAGAACUCCGGCGGCGGAGCGCCGUCGUCGUCUUCUUCAUCUUCUUCUCCGCAGCCGAUGGAGGGGCUGCACGAAAUGGGGCCUCCUCCGUUCCUGACGAAGACUUAUGAAAUGGUGGAGGAUCCUUCGACUGAUGCGGUGAUCUCGUGGAGCAAGGCGAAGAACAGCUUCAUUGUGUGGGAUUAUCACAAAUUCUCCACUUCUCUGCUCCCCAAAUACUUCAAGCACAGCAAUUUCUCCAGCUUCAUCCGCCAGCUUAACACAUAUGGUUUCAGAAAAGUCGAUCCUGAUAGAUGGGAGUUUGCGAAUGAGGGGUUUCUGGGAGGGCAGAAGCAUCUCUUGAAGACCAUCAAGAGGAGGAGAAACGUGAUGCAGGGCGUGGUGGCUCAACAGGCUGGGGGCCCUUGUGUGGAGUUGGGGCACUACGGGAUGGAUGAAGAGCUCGAUAGGUUGAGGCGGGACAGGAAUUUGUUGGUGUCAGAGAUUAUGAAGCUCAAGCAACAGCAGCAGAGCUCGAGGCAGCAAGUCAUGGCAAUGGAAGAAAGGCUUCUAGAUACAGAGAGGAAGCAGCAGCAGAUGCUGAGUUUCCUUGCUAAGGCUUUCAAGAACCCGAGUUUUGUUCAGCAAUAUGUGGAUAAAUACUCGAAUGAGAAGAAGAACAUUGAAAUAGGUCAGAAGAGGAGAAUAAGUAUGAGUCCUAGUGUCGAGAACCUGCAGGAUGUUGCGACUGUUUCCACAGGAAGUAAUCUGAAUUAUGCAAGAGAUGAGAAAGAAGAGCUUGCAGAUAUUCAACUGAAGGUGGAGAGUCUUUUCUCUUCUGUGAUGGAGGAUGGAUCGAGCACGGAUUUGAAGGGCCUCUCAACUGAGACAGACCCUGACCCCUCGGUUGGUUACACUAAUUUGAGUGAUAUGACUAACUUGUGGGAGGAGUUCCUCAGCGAUGAUCUCAUUAUUAGAGAUGAGGCAGCAGAAGAAGUCGUUGCAGCUGAUCACUUGUCGGAUAUAGAAGUCGAAGAGUUGGUAGCUAAGACACCGGAUUGGGGUGAGGAUCUACAAGACAUUGUAGACCAGUUAGGGUUCCUUUAGAUGGAAUGGAUUAAGCUGAAGCCGUAUCAGAAGAGGUUUAGCCCUCCUUUCAGUCUUAGAAUGUGGUGCGUCAAAAUGUCUACCCUUUUCAUUAUAUUUAUAAUAUAUGUAGAUACAGAGUAUAUUUACAUGAAAUACAGGUUUUGGAUGUAUCAUGUUGGAAUCAUCUGUCACAGAUCAAUCCUAGAUUUGUGCUGACUUAACAUAUAUUCCAUGAAAAUUUUGUUAAAUCAAAUGAAGGAACAGACAAAAUUGAGUUAUUGUUUCAGACUUGUUUUUCAGUUUGCUAUAUUGAUAUAAUAUGCUUUGUCACUUCUUAUUCCAAAUUUGAGUUUGCUUAUAAUAUUAUAUGCUAUAAUUAGGGCUUUCAUUGUAUUCUCUGUUCGAAAGCCGACCAGUCGUUAAGGAAGGAAGGAUUAGUGUUGGAGCUCGAGUUGUGCUGCUGGCGAGGAACCAAUUGUUGGAGACCUCAAACAAUCCUCCUUGUAUAUUACUUCAUGAUUGAGUUAUAUAUAUAUAUGUUCAUAGCUCAACUAAUGAUAUGAUUGGUGUCUGUUUCCACUCUUCAUUGAUCUAAGCCAAUUGUUGGCUUGUUUGAUAAUGUUGUACAUGAGUUAUUGCAAAAUGAUGGUCUUACUUUUUAAUUUUA